AUGUCUCUCACUCGGACGCGGCGUCGCUUCGGCCCAGGGAACAUCACCGACGCCUUUCUGGAGACCAUCUCACCUGAGCAUCCAGGUGGAGAAGAGGUUUUGCUCGAACAAGCUGGUAGAGAUGCCACAGAGAGCUUCGAAGAUGUUGGGCAUUCCACAGAUGCCAGGGAAAUGCUCAAGCAGUACUACAUAGGGGAGAUCCACCCGCACGAUCGUAAAAAAGAAGGUUCUAAGGAUCCAAGUAUGACAUCCUCAGGCCAAGCAAGUUUCUGGUCAACCUGGCUGAUCCCCAUCUUCGGAGCACUGGUCAUAGGUUUAAUGUAUCGCUAUUACAUGUUGGAUGGGAGAACCUCUUGAACUGACCUUGCUGGCACCUCAGAAAGCCUGAAAGAGAGGGUGUGAGAGAGAGUGCACGCGUGCAACAUGUGGAGUUCUGCUUCCCUUAACUUUUUCUGCCUUGCUUUUAGCUUUGAGUCUGUCAAGUGAUGUUGAUAUCCAUGGGACCAAGCUAAUACCAAACUCUGUCUAUCCUAACUCUGGGACCCACGGACCUGUCGUACUUUCCUCUCGCGGUGGCCGGGCAAGUACAACUUCCCGGUAUUCUUUUAGGUUUGUGUGUGGUCUCCCUCGCGUGUGCGUGCUCGUGUGCUCGCUCUCUCACUCUCUCUUGCUCUCUGAAGUAAACCACAGACAACCUUUUUCUUUCAAUGCCUUUUCGUUAAGCCAGACAACGUGAAACAGCUGCUAGUGAGCCUGUGGGUUUGCCUCAGUCCUUCACAGAGCAUUGUCAGAAAUAAACUGCAAGCUGUCUACAGUCUAUUCCAGAAAAGAUGGCCGGGGAUGCGGUUCCGCAGUAACUUUCCCAGUGCACGCAGGCAACACUAAUUGGAGCAGCAGGAAAUUGUUAGCUUUGCUACCUCUUUCUGUACGUGUCUGUUUUUAACGGUUAAGCAAAUAUAAGUAUUUUAAAAGCGAU